UCAAUUUGUUCACACUCUUUUCUUUCGCAAGUGAAAUCAGAGGGGUGGUAAGAUCAUUUCGUGGUAAGGUAUAAAUAAGAAGCUACCGACAGGUUUUCGAAGUCGUCAGUUGAUGUCCAACUGUAAUCAGCUACACAAGUAUCUCAAAGGAUGUAUUGGAAAGAAAAAUUUUGCCUCCCUCUUGGGUGUGUAUUGUGGUUCUGUUGUGCGGUUACCAGCAUCAUUGUUCCAGCGCAAUCUCCUCAGCCGAUACAUUCGGGACGUCCAACUCCCAUGUCACGGCAAUGUCCGCCUUUGGUCAAUUUUCCAACUCAAUGUCGUAUAAUGGCUCAAUGUUCCGUCUGGUGGGCUGAACUUGUUAAAUCGCCACAGUCCGUUUGCACGAAUCAGGUCGAAUCUCCCCUUUGGAGAGCUUGCUGCCCAGCUAUUGUUGGUGGAAGGAACAGAAUUGGUGUCAUGUCUGAGCAAUCUUUGGAUUCUGAAAUUCUGACCGUCUCGAGCCCUGAACUUGCUCGCAUAAGUAAGUUUGGUCAGUCGGAGGUUGGGCGGGUAGCAGGUAUUGAGGCGCGGCUUUUGGAACACAAGGCAUUCCUGAUGCCAGGGUCGACUGCCUUUGCCUAUUUCAUUAACAUGAAGCCCAGCGAUGAAGCUGCUCCCCUCGGUGAACAAGGUCUGAUGGUCACCAGAUCCACUCAGAAGCUCAAAGAAGUGAUGAGAUUGUCGAACGAAGCAGCUGGUAUUGCAACUCAGACACUUUCUGUCAAGGACACUCCGUUGGCUGGCACGUGCAUACCAGAUCCCACCUGCCGUCCUUCCAAAUAUCGAACUAUCGAUGGCUCGUGCAAUAACAUGAAAUCGCCAUUGAUGGGUCGCUCCAACACCCAGUUGGGUCGUUAUCUUGCUCCUGACUACGACGAUGGGGUCUGGGAGUCGCGUGACAAAGGUAUGCCAAAUUCAAGGACGGUUCGCACAGUCUUGGCACCUGACCACGACCGCGUGCAGAGAGAUGUGACAUUGAUGUUGAUGCAGUUUGGACAGUUUAUAGAUCAUGAUAUAACUCACGUUCCUGUUUUCCAAUUGGCUAAUGGCAGUGGUAUUUCGUGCUGCACUCCGGACAACAAACAUCAAUCGUGGGAGCUUCGUCACCCUCAUUGCUUUACUUUAGAUAUUCUACCUGGUGAUGCCUUUUAUCGUCAGUUCCGUGUGGAGUGCAUCAAUUUUGUCCGUUCGAUGGUUGCACCGCGAUCUGAUUGCACUUUCGGCUAUGCAGAACAACUUAAUCAGGUGACGCACUGGCACGAUGCUUCAACCAUUUACGGCUCGACUCAGUUUCAGUCAGAUAUUCUUCGAGAGCGGAAAGGUGGGCGCAUGAAGACAUUUUCGUACCAAAAUCGGCAACUACUUCCACUUGACUGGAAGAACAACGAUUGCAUCGGAUUUGAGAAAGGGCUCCGUUGCUUCCUCUCAGGUGAUUCACGUGUUAACCAACUGAUUGGGUUGACUGUUAUGCAAACCGUUUGGCAUCGGGAGCACAAUCGUGUGGCUGGUGAAUUAGCUCGUGUCAAUCCUCGGUGGGAUGAUGAGAGGCUCUUUCAAGAGGCCCGUCGCGUUGUUAUUGCUGAGCUGCAACAUAUUACGUACAACGAGUACCUCCCUGUUCUGCUUGGCCGCCCGGUUAUGGAGGCUUACGGUUUGCUUCCGAGAACUUCUGGAUUUUUCACCGGUUAUAAUGAUACCGUCAACGGCAAUGUCUUCAAUGAAUUUUCCACUGCAGCUUACCGCUACGGUCAUUCUAUGGUUAGCCAUUGGUUCGAGUUGGUCGAUGAUAAUGGAGCUACGUACGACAGAUUGCAUGUGAAAGACUGGUUUAACAAUCCUCAUCCUCUCUUGAAAGCCGAUGUUCUCGAUGGCGUUAUGCGUGGGUUGACCAUCUCUAACCCGGAGGCUUCUGAUGAACUCUUCGUUAGUGAUCUCACAAACAUGCUCUUCAAGACACCCGAGUCUAAACAUGGUGGUGAUCUAAUUGCAUUUAACAUUUGGCGUGGGCGCGAUCAUGGACUUCCUGGCUACAAUGCGUAUCGGGGUUUGUUCGGUUUGAGAAAGGCCAAGACCUUUAGCGAGUUGAACGAUCUUUUUACUCCGGAGACAAUUGACAAGAUGGCAUCUCUCUAUAAAAGCCCUGAAGAAAUUGAUCUCUAUCUUGCGGGGAUGUCUGAAAAAGUGGAUUCAUCCAGUGGGAUUCUUGGGCAUACUUUCUUGCAUAUGGUUGCUGAUCAGUUUGCACGCCUCAAGGAGGCUGAUCGAUAUUUUUAUGAGACUGGUGAUCAGAGCGGCUCUUUUACCAUAGAUCAACUGAACGAAAUCCGCAAGUCGUCCCUGGCCAUGAUUUUCUGUCUCAACUCGGACGGGAUCAAGAAUAUUCAACCUCUCACGUUCCGACCACUUUCCGACAUUAACCCGCGUCUCCCUUGCUCAGCAAUUCCAACGAUCUCUUUCGCACCCUGGAGGGAACCUUAAUUAUUGAAAAUUUGUUUUUGAUUAUAUUAUUCGUUACGUUUGUCUGCCAGAAAUAGAGAUAUGAAUGCUA